CGGGGGCUCACUCACUUGGAUUUUCAUCCUCAAGAUUUCCAGCUCGCCGGCUCUCCUGUCCUCCCUUGGUCCUGUCACACUGCGCCGAGUCCGAUUCUGUUGAACUAACUAAACAACACAACCGGAGGAAACAUGGAGGCCAUCAAGAAGAAAAUGCAGAUGCUGAAGCUGGACAAGGAGAACGCCAUCGACCGGGCGGAGCAGGCUGAGGGGGACAAGAAAGGAGCGGAGGACAAAUGCAAACAGCUGGAGGAAGAGCUGCUGGGUCUGCAGAAGAAGCUGAAAGGAGUAGAAGAUGAACUCGACAAAUACUCCGAGUCACUGAAAGACGCCCAGGAGAAGCUAGAACAGGCCGAGAAAAAGGCAGCAGACGCUGAAGCUGAGGUGGCAUCUCUAAACAGACGUAUCCAGCUGGUGGAAGAGGAGUUGGACCGAGCUCAGGAGAGACUGGCUACGGCUCUGCAGAAGCUAGAGGAAGCUGAGAAAGCAGCUGACGAGAGUGAAAGAGGAAUGAAGGUCAUAGAGAACAGGGCGAGCAAGGACGAGGAGAAAAUGGAGAUCCAGGAGAUGCAGCUAAAAGAAGCCAAACAUAUCGCUGAGGAAGCAGAUCGCAAAUAUGAAGAGGUUGCACGUAAACUUGUGAUUCUUGAGGGCGAUCUGGAGCGUUCAGAAGAGCGCGCUGAGGUGGCCGAGGCAAAAUCAGGUGACCUUGAGGAAGAAUUGAAAAAUGUCACCAACAACUUGAAGUCACUGGAGGCUCAGGCAGAAAAGUACUCACAAAAGGAGGACAAAUAUGAAGAAGAAAUUAAACUUCUUACUGACAAACUUAAAGAGGCUGAGACCCGAGCAGAGUUUGCGGAGCGCUCCGUGGCCAAGCUGGAGAAAACCAUUGAUGAUCUGGAAGAUGAAGUGUAUGCUCAGAAGCUGAAGGGCAAGGCUCUCAGUGAGGAGCUGGACCUAGCCCUCAAUGAUAUGACUACACUAAAAGCUGGCCCAGGCCAAAGAGGAAAACCUCGACAUGCAUCAGGUGUUGGACCAAACCCUUCUGGAGCUCAACAAUCUAUAAUGACAUUUUCUCAACCGCAACUCAUUCUGUACAAUGGAAUCUCAUUUUAACAUCAAUGCGCAUUAUCUAGAUGUACACGGAGACUACUUUAGGAGAUCAUGAAGUAUUGAUUUCUACAAAAAAAAAAAAAAAAAAAGAAA